AUGGUGGGGAAAGCCAAGCGCCCGCGGCUCCAUCGCGCUGCCCCUCGGCCCUGGCCUGCCCGGGACCCGCCGCCGCCCGAGCCUGGCCUCAGCCCAUGCGCGGGCGGCUGGAACGCGCCGGCCGGAAAGGGAUGGGACUUCUCAUCUUCCAAUAUCUUUUCUGGGCUGAAGAUUGAUCCUGAUACACUAGUAAAGAAGCUCGACUUGGACUCCAGAAGCAUCUUUUCCUCCAGAACAGGUCUAGAAGAAAAACCAAUUCUGUCCAAAAAAGAAAAAAUGAAGCUGAGAAAAGAAAGAUGGCUACUAAAAAUAGAAAAUGUGAAGCUAGCCAAGCAGAAGCAAAAAGCUGAAGCAAAGCGAAAAGCAACACCUGUAGUGGGAGACAUGCAGCCACUGAUGGAAGCCCUUCCUGAGCUCUCUGACCUAACCACAGGUGGCAGAAGUGGGAAGCCACCCAAGAGCCAUGUAAAAGCAAAGGCAGAAGCAGCAGACUUCUGUCUGAUGAAACAAGCUCAGAAACACCAGCUCUUGGAGGAAGAAGUGACUCGGUUUCAUGAGGUCAUCACCAAUCCUACUUACAGAGCCAACCCCCUCAUGGCCAUCAGCGAGCAUCUCUCCAAGAGGCUGAGGCAGGAGGAAGAAGGUAACCCUCUUUAAGGUGUGAGCUGAGACCAAACGUGCACACUGGAGCUGGCAUGAGGGCUCCAGGCUGCAAAGGAGCACAGCAUUAACAUGACCUGUCAGCCAUUUUGGCCCUUGGAAGCAGUUCAGCAGAUUAUUAAACCCAACAGUCCUGUUUUCUCUCUGCAGGAAUAAUGCAAUUUUCUUCUGACAGUGGCAGCUGCUCCUUGGCAAGCAGCCUGCAGAGAGUGUUCUGCAGGAUCUUUGUGCAGACAUUAAGCUCUCUGUGAAGUGCCUUGACACUUCUUCCUCUUUUUGUGAGCAGGCACAAUUUAGGAAAAUUUAAAAAUUGUGCCAGUUGCAGUGUAUCUGUUUUCUGUCAUUUCCCUCCCUUUUCUGACAACUCUGAGAAGAGAUUCACUACUGCUCUGUUGAGGUGGUUCAAGACCCCCAAGCACUGGAGACCAGAGGCUGUUGUAUAUCUAUUCAGAUACAUUGUUUUAUGUCAGAAAUUUAGCUUUGUA